GCUUGAAGGAGACUAUCAUAUUAAACACUGGAAUGGAAUCAUGACAGCAUCUGUCUCUCUGAUGAUGGCUGAUCCCACCCUAUUCUCGCCUUCCACACCAGGGAGCCCCAAGACUACUGAGAGAUCUGCCAAUGGGACUGCAGAAGGGAAGAAUUCAACAAACUCCACCCACUAUGCGUAUUUGGCUCUGUUAGUGGUGCCUUUUGUGAUAGGUGGUUGGGUGCUAUGGAAAUAUCUGAGACAGCACAAUCCAGAUGGACGAAGAUUCAGUCUCAUUAGCCGGAAGCAGCAGGUCCCAGAAGGAAUGAAUGGAUGUGCCCUUGCAAAUGGAGACGCACAAAUGAAUGGACAUGCACGCACCAGUGAACAUGGCAAUGCCAGUGGAUGUCUGCACCUCAGUGAAUAUGGACAUAAUGAUGGACAUGGAUACACAAGUGUACAUGUACACACUGAUGGGCAUAUAUACCCCAAUGGACAUGAACAUGGCCAUGCUACUGUGCCUCUCUCUCAGGGAGCUGGGGCUGAACUGCACAGGCUCUCUGGUGAGGAGAAUCCUCUACAAGCGGUGAUAACCCCUUCCAAGUACAUGAUGCACAUGGGGACAGACAGACAUCAUCUGCCUCAGCAAUGUGGCCCACAUGCAUUUUUUCCGCACAAACGGUGCAGGGGCUGGUGCUGGUAACCUCAGUUUCUGACUUUCAAUUCACCACAGUGCCUGAUUCCUCCUUGCUGUGUCUUAUUACUGACUGUUUGUGAUGCCUGGUGCAGAUCUCCAAUCCCCUUCCAGGAAGGGCUGAGAUGUAUAUAAUUGGCAGAGACCUACAGCCCAAUUCUCACUUUAAUUCAUCCUGUGGUUGAGCAGGGACAAUCUGCAGACUUGGGUAGAUGUCCCGAUAUGAGUCACACUCAGGGCAGUUCCCCCCAAGGCUCUCUAAAGAUUCAGGCACAUGUUGUUGUAUUGGUUACACCCAGGGCAACUCCUGCCUCUCAGAGCAAUUGCCUCAGGCUCUCUGCAAACCCAGGAGAUGUCACUGCAUCAGCUACACUCAGGUCACAUUGUCAGAUAUUUCUCUGCAUCUGUGAGAACUAGCAACAUAGUGGUGGUGUUUUAUUAAAGGUGGGAUUCUGCUGUAAUCACAUGACUCCAGAAGCUGGUGCCCUACUAGUAGAUUUAUAGUGCCUAUGCCUUUUAAUCCAGUCCUGGGCAGAGACUUGAUACCUCAAAAAACACAUUCCCAUCUUCACCUUCGACGUGCUUGGUGUAUAUCUGUCUAUGUCCUCUUCUGAACAAAGUUUAACCAGCCCUAGUAAAGAGUAGCUUUGCCAAAGUUUGUUGCUGCUUUCUUUGUGUAAGACAGAAAUUUCUGAAGACCCUUGCUCACCCACACAAUAGGGCAUGGAGUUUAUCACAGUUUAAGAGGGAAUGUGUUUGGUCCCAACAUUAUUAAUACUGGGCUACAUACCACAAAACAUGCUCCAUUGAUUACAUAUAUACCUUCUCUCAUAGUGUAAAGCCACACAGAGUCACAUCACAAUGAACAAUAAAUACAGCGCAUGAGAGUCAUUAGCCAGCAACCUUCUGCCACAUUUUCUGGUCUUCCCACAGCCUUGAGAAACAUUCUGUACUGCAGUUUGUCCAUCCAGUCAGCCAUAUCAUAAACCACAUUCACCAUGGGCGCGCCCUGCCCUGGCAUCUGAAACUAGUCCCUGCAAUUUUCCUCCACUCAUCCAAACCACAUGUCCUGCAA